CCUCGUUCCCAUCCCCCACUGUCAGCCAGCAAGAAUGCUGCUUCCAUCUUGAGGACGGCAGACGCUUUGAGGGUGACGGGAGGAGUAGGGGGAAGAGGCUACCUGAAUGCACCACCUGGAUAGAUGCGAUGGAAGUCAUUGUGAUUGGCUUAGGGUUAGAGUCAUGUGUCAUGGUAAGCCAAUCAGAGCCGGUGUUUUCACACACAAACCAGAACAGCGCGUGCGGCAAACACACACACGCAAAACAGAUGCAGAGGGAUAUGAUGGCAGAGCAUUCAGAGGAAAAUUUGUCCUUUAUGAGGUGGAGAUAUAAAUACUAUUUCAAGUCAAAACACAUGAAGUACAGUAGGCUAUGUCGACUUGACCAGUUGUCUCAGGUUGUGAGAGUUAGAUUUAAUUCAUUAAACUCACUUUAUAUUGUUUACUGCUGAUUGUUAUUUUAUUAUAUUGUUUACUGUUUAUUUUUGUUGCACUUCAAGUGUAGGAUAAAUCUGUUGCUGGUGAGGUGCAAUAAAUAUUACAAAGUUCUAUAACACAACUACCUUUCUGUUCUCUAUUCAACUGACUCGGAUACUGCUCAGAAAAUUUCAAAUUCAUUGACAUACAACAACUUCUUUUUAAAGUCACGGAAAUAGUUACUUUCACUGGUAACUAGUUACUUUUACUAUAGAGUAAUUCAGUUACUAACUCAGUUACUUUUUGGAAGAAGUAGUGAGUAACUAUAACUAAUUACUUUUUUAAACUUACGUGCCAAACACUGUUAAUAAUAAAUAAAUCUAUUGUGAAUCACUCUAUCGAACGUCUGUUGCCAUCAAUGGGUGUUAUCAAUAACAAUGUCCUUCUUUUACAAACUACCGCAACAUAUACUGUGUGAUCUGGGCUGGCAGUGAAUCUAAUGACAACUUUUGAGUAGAUGUCCACAAUUUGACGCUAGUAUAACAAUUUGGGGAAGUCACCUAACAUUUCCAAAAGUUCUUGACUGCAGCAAAGGUUUCUCAGAAGGAGUCUUCCUCCUCCUUCUCCACCUCCACCGCCCCCGCGCGCAAACACACACGCGCACAUUCCAGUGUGCAAGCGUUUCUACUUUGUGAAUGGGAGUGUGCGCGCGCGUGUUUGUGGGUGAAGCGGCGCUCCUCAGUCGGUCAGUCGCAGCUCAAGAGCGCACAGCGAGCAAGCAAGCAAGUGGGACAAAUGGAAUAUUUCACAGGACUCCGAUCACUUUUAAUAUUCACCUAUGUGCUCUUCAAUGGAAUCCUCGUCACCUUGCAAAGCAAAGAAGAGGUGCUUUUGGACAUGAAGGCCACUGGUGGCGAGCUGGGCUGGUUGACAUGGCCUUUCGAGCAGGGGGACAAACCCGGGUGGGAGGUGGUCCAACGGACUCUGAACGGCUCUCAGUUUUACACCUACUCGGUUUGCAACGUCGGCGAACGUGAACAAGACAACUGGCUGCGCACUACCUUUAUUCAGCGGCGACCAUCAGCCUCACGGGUCUUUGUGGAGCUGCAGUUCAUUGUACGUGACUGCAACUCUUUCGGCGGCGUGUCGAUGACCUGUAAGGAAACCUUCAACCUUUUCACUUCCGAGUCGGAUGUCGACGUAGGCACCACCUUCCGCAAGGGUCAGUUCAAGAAAGUGGCCACUAUCGCUCCUGAUGAAAUCACCAGCAAGAACGAACUGCGUAUUAACACCGAGACUCGGGUGGUGGAGAACCUUUCCCGGAAAGGCUUCUACUUGGCUUUUCAAGAUAUCGGUGCCUGUGUGGCUCUUCUGUCGGUCAGGGUUUACUACAAAACCUGUCCCGCCACAGUAAUGAGCCUGGCAGCCUUCCCUGAAACUGUGGCUGGGGGCGAGAACCAGGCUCUGAGGGAAGUGAGCGGCAUAUGCGUGGAUAACGCCGUCAGUGAAGAGAUGCCUCGCGUGUACUGCACCGUGGAUGGAGAAUGGGUGGUGCCAGUCGGGCACUGCAAGUGCAAGGAGGGCUAUGAAAAAGUCAAAGACGUGUGUCAAGAAUGUCAACCAGGCUUCUUCAAAGCGGAAGCUUCCGGUGAGAAGUGUCAGCCAUGUCCUGCCAACACCCAGGAGUCGGGCUCCGGGGCUUUGUUCUGUUCCUGUAUGGACAGCUUCUAUCGGGCCCCCGGCGACCCCUCAACUGGACCCUGCUCAGGAUUACCCUCCGCUCCCAAAGACCUCACGGCAACCACCACACAAUUAUCCCCUGGAAAACUCCUCCUCUCCUGGAGUCCUCCAGAUGACAGCGGAGGUCGGACAGACUUGACGUACAGCGUGGAAUGCCAGCGCUGCGAGGGCUCUUCCUGCCAGCCCUGCGGUGACAAAAUCCACUAUGAUCCAUCCAGCGUCGGCCUGACCAACACCAGGGUGUCAGUGAGCGAGCUGGAUGCUCACCUCAACUAUACCUUCACUGUGGAGGCUCACAGUGGCGUGUCAAUGUUCGCCAAUCAGGCAAUGCCAUCCUCAAGUGCUUUGACUACAUCCUUGCACUACACAGAUCCACCAAAGAUCACUUCUAUUCGAAUGGUGGAGAGAACGGCCACCAAAUUGUCAAUCUCGUGGGAUGUGUCCCCACGGCCACGUUUCCAACCACGACCGUUCCGCUACGAACUUACCUAUCGCAAAAAGGAUGACAACCUAGAUGUCACCUCCUACACGGUGCUAAUCCUGGAGAAGAAUUCCGUUCAGAUCAAUGAUCUGGCCCCUGGCACAGCCUACCUGUUCAGGGUGCAGGCCCUCAGCAGCGAUGGUAGUUCUGGAGGCUCCAGUGUGGAGGAACAGUUUGAAACCUCAUCUGCAGAACCUCUGACUCAAAGCAACCCCGCGCUCAUUUUCGGCGUGCCAGUCGCUUGCGCAGCAGUGUUGUUCAUAGUCGUCGUGGUCGUCUUCCUACGCAGGCGGAAAAGAAAUUCUCACACCAGACAAGGACCAGAAGAUGCCUACUUCUCCAGCUCAGAGCAACUAAAGCCCUUGAAGACCUACGUGGACCCGCACACGUACGAGGAUCCCAACACAGCUGUCCUGAAGUUUGCCACCGAAAUCCACCCCAGUCACAUCAGCAAACAGAAAGUGAUUGGGGCUGGAGAAUUUGGUGAAGUGUAUCGUGGUAUUUUGAAAGCGCCAGGCAGGAAAGAAGUGGCCGUGGCUGUCAAAACGCUGAAGCCGGGCUACUCCGAGAAGCAGAGGCAGGACUUUCUGGGCGAGGCCUCCAUCAUGGGCCAGUUCUCCCACCAGAACAUCAUCCGCCUGGAGGGGGUGGUCACCAAAUUCAAACAUGCCAUGAUUGUGACAGAAUACAUGGAGAACGGAGCACUGGACAGGUACCUCAGGGACCGCGACGGGGAGAUUUCCUCCUUCCAGCUGGUGGGCAUGCUGCGUGGCAUCGCUGCAGGCAUGAAGUACCUCUCUGAUAUGAGCUACGUCCACCGUGACCUGGCCGCUAGGAACAUUCUGGUCAACACCACUCUCGAAUGUAAAGUGUCUGACUUUGGAUUAUCGCGAGUAUUGGAAGAUGAUCCAGAGGGGACUUACACCACAAGUGGAGGAAAGAUCCCUAUUCGCUGGACAGCUCCGGAGGCAAUCGCGUACAGGAAGUUCACAUCAGCGAGCGACGUAUGGAGUUUUGGCAUCGUCAUGUGGGAGGUGAUGGCGUUUGGCGAAAGGCCUUACUGGGACAUGAGUAAUCACGAGGUGAUGAAGGCUAUCAACGAGGCUUUCAGGCUGCCGGCACCCAUGGAUUGCCCCUCAGCUGUUUACCAGCUCAUGCUCCAGUGCUGGCUCCAGGACCGUUCUAAGAGACCGCGUUUCGGGGACAUUGUCAGCCUGCUGGACAAACUUCUGCGGAGUCCAGAAUCACUCAAGGCCAUUGCUGACUUUGACCCACGUGUAUCCAUCCGUCUUCCCAGCUUCAGCGGCUCAGACGGCUCGCCAUUCAGAUCGGUGUCCGAGUGGCUGGAGUCCAUAAAGAUGAGCCAGUACAGCGACAACUUCAGCUGCGCCGGCAUCGUCAGCAUGGACCAGGUCAUGCAGAUGAAAAACGAGGACAUUAAGAACAUCGGAGUCAGGCUUCCUGGACAUUUGAAAAGAAUUGCCUACAGCAUUUUGGGCUUAAAGGACCAGACCAGCACCUUGAGCGUGUUCGCUGUGUGACGACCAUCUCAAAAGGAAUUGAAAUCAAGCACUGAAGCAGAGAGCCCUUUGGACUCCCGACUGAGCUGGAGCGAUACCGCGGGGACGGCACAAUCGAAAAUAAACUUCUCAUACACUUUUUCACACUUCUGUCAACAAGAAAACACAGCAAACCAUGAGGAAAUACAUAAAUUGACCCAAGAACUUAUUCCUGUAUAAAAAAAGAAGCAUCACAUGUGGGAAUUGCUUCACACGUGCGUCCGGGGUGAAGCAAAUGCAGAAGGUGUGGCGACGUGGGCGGAAAGAAAGAGAGAUCGAGGAGUCCCAUCUCCCACUUCCUGUUCCACCAGUGAGGACGCUUGAAAGGAGCUUGAGCUGGCCCAAAUUAUAAGCUACAGUCUUCUGCGCAAAAAGUGAGACUUACGUGUUCGGUACUCUGUAAAUAUUUUACUUUUUUGUUUUUGGGAGUUUACCCAAACCACUGGGAUUAAAGAAUUUCUAAUGUAGCACUUCCUUUGAAAAUAUUGCGGUUUUGGAUGGGAAAAUGUCUUAUUACGCUUUUAAAAGAAAAAAACAAGAAAGAAAAGAAAAGCGAGGGCGCAAAUGAGAAGGCACUCUAUCUGAUCUGCCGGUAAUGAAGAUGGAGAGUGUGAGUUUCGCCAAAACUCAUAAAAAGAGAUGUCAUGAGGAUGAGUCUUGUCGUUUAGGAGAUGAUUUCAUACUAAAUAAUUGUUUCAAUGUCACGUCUAUUUUUGUAAGCUACACACAGAUUCUCAUGUGCUAUUCUGGACGACAUGGGGAACAAAUGCUUUGACAAUGAAGUGUGAUAUUUUCAAGUGUCUGUUUUUCUUUUCUUUUUGUUUUUAAUUGAUGACUGCAAAUUGUUGUGUUACUGAUGUAAACCAUUCUUGACUUGAAUUUUUCAAAUGAUCCUAUUGUAGAUGGUAGGUCUAGCUUUGGAAAAGGGAUCUAUUUUUGUGUUCCAUUUUAUACAACAUCACUUAAUAGAAAAUUUUGUACAUUUUCCACUAUUUCUAUCCAAAGCCAUCCAGCUGCCUUUCCAAAAAUGAUUCUUCAUCAGUAGUUAAUGCCUUCAUUUUUGCCUUUAAAAUGUAUUUAAUUGUGUAUUUAUUUUUUACUUUUUAUUUAUUCUUACUGAGAAAACACUGAGCUUGGAUUACAAUUUAAGGUGGCUCUGUCAUUCAAAAAAAAAAAAAAAAAAAAGGAAAAAAAAGUGUCCCUUUUAUUGCUGGAAUAUUCAAAGUUGAGUUUGCUUUCAUGCGUUUGUGGAGCAAUAAAGUCUUAAAUCCUGAUUGAUUGAGACGCAAUGCUGUCAAGCUUUGUGUAUGUGAAGUUUUUGUAUUGUGUUUGUAUAAUAGACUAUAUAAACAACACGUGUGUGAGAAUACAUGGAAGUUUGAGCUGCACAACUAGGUGUGCUUUGGAUCAGUGAUAAUUAACAAUGUCUAUCAACAGGCACGAACAGUGAGAUGUUACUAAAAAGAUAUUGUUUAUUGUAAAUGUGUACAACUGUACCAGUGUUGUUUUUGGCAGCCCUUUUAAUUUUUGUCUUAGUCUUUUGGACUAUAAUACUGAUUAGUCUUAGUCAUAUUUAGGUAAUCUCAAAAUGUGUUUAUCUUCGUCUAGUUUUUGUUGUUGAAAACUUGACUAAUUUCGUCUAGUUUUAGUCGACAUUUACUAAAAAUGUUUUCGUCUGUAAAAUUUUUUAAAAAUACUUAAAAAUGAAUAAAUAAAAGUUUUCAACUAUUUCAAAUGAACAUUGACAGACGAGCAUGUAUUGUAGCGUCUCUCUACAAGGACAACUUUGUGAUUGGACACAGCAGGAAAACAGUAAAUUUUCAAUUACUAUCCCCACCUAGACGUCUUGAACUGUAACUAAAAAAAGUUGUCCAAGAGUUUAAGCCUAAUGCUAACGUUAAUGCUAUCUUAACACUACAGGUUACAUUUAGUGCGUGAUGAUCACUCAGCACAGACCCUUAAAGGCUAAAGCAACAUUGCAUGUUCUCUCUAGUUAAGAAAACAAAUGUUACCGUGUGUGCAAGCCUGAAUGGAGCCUGGAGACCACACACUUGUGAGUUGGGAAGGAGAGGUGCAGCACGUCACAAGUGACACAACCAGACACUGCUACCAUGCAUGCUAACUACACAUAAAAAUUUGACGGAAACGUGACGGAAACUACUGCACAUUUUCAUCUCGUUCUCCGCAGAUAAAAACUGGCAUUCGUCUCAUUAUGCUUGAGCCUCCCAAAACACAGUUUUAGCUCAUUAUCGUCUCAUCAUCGUCAUGAAAAAAGUGUUCGUUGACAAAAUAUUUUUAUUGUUGUCAUCGCUGACGAGAACAACACUGAAAUUGUACUGUAUUAUUUAAAGUGGAGUACAGUUAUACGCAGUACUUUGUCACAUUAAAAUUACUUACAUACUAACUAGAUUUGACCAAUAAUGACUUUUAAACUGAUAUCCAGAUAUCAUACAACUCCAAAAAUCUGAUACUGAUAUUUAACAGAUA